CAAAACAUAAGGCUACAGCAACGCACCAUCGCAAACACGGGAUAUAUAUAAUUAUUUUUACUAACAAGUUCCUAUUAAUGUGAUGUGACAUUUUCACGAAGAUUUACGAAAAGUCAGUACCUUUUUGUCAGUGGAUCGACUGUGUGAACGACGCCUUUGGAUAAGUGUUGUUGUUUAGUACGCAGAACAACAGUUUUGUCGACGAAUUCCAUUAGUUUGGUUGCGUUUGCCAAGGUAAAUGCCCAUGUGUCGUUCAUUUUAAAUAUUUUAUAAUGAUACAAUUAGCAUUUAUCACGAUCGGCUUAUUAUUUAAGUACAUUUAGAUUUAUAAAAUAUAUUAAUUAUUAUAUGGCUAUGAAACACUUCACUUUAUCUUAACACUGGAUUAUUUAUUUUCAAAUAUUAAAUCUUAUCACUCGGUGCAGAUUUUGCAUGUGAUUACACGAAAAGGGCGCGUGUAAGCAGAUAAAAUGACAGACAACAGCCAACAAGUUCUAGCGUGGAAAACACAUACUAUUUCAUAUAAUAUUGGGUACGACAAAUUAAAAGACAGUAAAAACUGGUCGAGCAAUUUUUAUUUUGUUGUCGGCGCUGAUCCUCAGUUAGGUUAUAAUACCUCGUUUCAAGAUCGGGAACCAACAGACUGGCAAGAAGAAAUGAAUAGAUCUAUAACGGCUGUGGAGAAAAUCAACGCUUUAACGCCUAGACCUCAGUUUGUAGUGAUUUGUGGUGAUUUAGUGAAUGCCAUGCCCAAUAAAGAAGAAAAAUUGAACGAAUUACAAGUAAAAGAUUUUAAAAAGGUGUACAGUAAGUUACACCCAUCUAUAUCACUUGUAUGUGUAUGUGGUAAUCAUGAUGUAGGUGAUGUACCAGAUAAACAAUCUAUUACUAAGUAUCGUAGCGAAUUUGGCCAUGAUUAUUUUUCAUUUUGGUGUGGUGGUGUACUAUUUUUAGUCCUGAAUUCUCAGUAUUAUAAGAUGAACAAAGUAGAGGAAAUGGCAAAAGAACAAGAACAAUGGUUAAAAGAACAGCUUACUAAACAUAAAGGACAACGAAUUAUUUUAUUCCAACAUAUACCCUGGUUCUUAAAAGAUAUUAAUGAAGAAGAUCAAUAUUUUAAUAUUAAUAAACAAUUAAGAAAAGAGAUGAUUGAAAAAUUUUUUGAAGCUGGUGUUACUCAUAUAUUUUAUGGACACUGUCAUAGAAACUACAGAGUAUUCUAUAAAGACUUGGAAAUGAUUACUACUAAUGCCAUUGGUAAUCCACUUGGAAAUGAACCGCCUGGUUUGAGAAUAGUAAAAGUUUAUCAAAAUAACAUGACACAUACAUAUUUUCCUUUUGAAAAAUUACCUAGUUUUGUUAAUGUUUAAAAUUUCAAUUAGUUAAGCUGUAAGAUAAUUUAUAUACCUUUAAACAUAAAUAUACUACAUAAUUGUUAUAUAUUAUACAAAAAUAAAUUAUAUAAUACAUUUUGA